UUUGUGGUUGCCACCCUGGUGCGCGUGUCACUGUCCUCCUCCAGUUCCUAUUUGGAUUGCCUGUCCGCCGGGGGGCGAGUCGGGGUGUGUCUGCGAGCGAGGGAGCGAGUUUCAGAUAUUGUGCACACAAGACACUGCGAGUGGGAUAAAGAAAUGCAGCAAGACCCGAAAUUGACACCUCGCCGAGUAGCACAGUGAACUGACACUUGUUCGACCCUUUCGACAGAUCGCCUGAAAACAUGAAGAAAAGCCAGAGCCCAGCCAAAGCACUGGCUUUGGCUCCGGCUGAAGUCAAUAUGUCAGACAAGGAGGUCUCUGUGCAACAACUCAACGAGCUGUUAUCAAAUGGCAGUGGAUUUUAUAGCCUACCCACGCAACAUUUCAACGAGGUCUUCCCCAGGAUUUACGUGGGCAACGCAUUUGUGGCCCAAAAUGUGAUGCGGCUGCAACGGCUCGGGGUGACCCACAUCCUCAAUGUUGCCGAGGGCAACUCCUUCAUGCACGUCAACACCAACGCGGAGUUCUACGCCGGCACCGGCAUCACCUACCACGGCCUGAAGGCCAACGACACCGAGCACUUCAACCUCAGCGCCUUCUUCGAAGAGGGGGCCGACUUCAUCGACAAGGCCCUGGCGCACAAGGACGGUAAGGGGAAGGUGUACGUGCACUGCCGGGAGGGCUACAGCCGCUCGCCCACCAUGGUCAUCGCCUACCUCAUGCUGCGCCACAAGAUGGACGCGAGGACGGCACUGGCGACCGUGCGGCACAAGCGGGAGAUCGGCCCCAACGACGGCUUCCUGCGCCAGCUGUGCCAGCUGAACGAGCAGCUUGCGAAGGAGGGCAAGCUAAAGACCAAGUGAGGUGGGGGGGUGGGGGGCGGCCCUCGCACGUCGGAGGCGACCCAGGCCCCCGCCCGACCCGACCCGACCAGGCCAGCGCACCCACUUCAUCACGCCAACGUCUCCACCCGCACAAGCACGCCCUUGGGUCCGCUGUCCUGGCUGGGCUGUUGUUGUCAAGCUCCGCCCAACACAGAGGAGGGGAGGGGUAAUGGGAGGAGCCUCUUGUCCUUGCAUCUGCACUGUAACCCCUCCCCCUAUUCCAUUUUUAUUGUGUUUCUGGGGGUCCUUACAAAAUGUCCUACUGCCAGUCCUCACAGGUUGCAUUUUACUUUUUGUAUUACUUUUCAAAGUAUUGAAGCUUUUUUUAUUUGCAGGCAAAAUUUCAGGAGCUUUUGUUCAGAAGCUCUUGAAUGUUUUCUAGUUUUGCCCAUCUGUGUGAGGUUGGGAGAUUUGUAAAAUUUUGAAUUUUUCUCUCUGCAGUAAAUUAGGUUUAAAAAUGAAAAACAUGCACAUAAUUUUGGUAAUCAUUGGGUGGCAUUGAUGUAUGCAAAACCUAGUGCAACUCCCAACUUUACAUAGCGCCACUUCACUUCCUGUGAGGCAAUAAUUCAUCUGACACGAGUGCUUUGUCACGACCACAUGCUGAAUUAGCUACUUAAUGAAGAAGGCGUUGUUCCCACGAUAGCUAAAUCACAAGGCACCUCUCCCAGUGAUGCCAAAUGAACUGCUUUCUUUUCGGUUAACACGAAAAUUAGCAUGAAAAUUAAAACGUAGUCUUCCGAGUGAUCAUCAGAUCACUGCGCAAUCAUUCCAUAGUUCCACACUGCCAGGGAAGUCACGGCCAUUUUUUCCCAUCUUUUUAUAAAUGAUGAUGAUGUCAAGACAUCUGUCAAAAAUGGUGAGUCUGGUAUUACUUAUUGACUUCCCUGAAAUGCCCCCUUGAAGGGGUUACUAAUCUGUGGAAGGAAAUCUCGUGGAAGAACCAGCAUCCCACUUUCAGCACAAACACAAGAAUUGACUUCCACAUUCUUUCUCAGCAUCCGUCUGCCCUUUUUAAUGGAAAAACCUGGUGCCUGGUGAUUUUAGAGCUACACUGCAGGUGGGAAUGGCCCAGAAUGUCUGCCCAUACAAGAGUCAAAGCCAUUCGAACACAGUAGUUAAUAAAUAGAGAGUCUUAUAUUAAGUCUGAGUAUAUUGCAACCAAAGGAAAAUGCCAGUAUGGAGCGUAUUGGAACAUUUACCAAACGUGUAAGCAAGAGAGUCUGAAAAAGGCUGCAUUCCCUUCUGUUGAGUUUACAUUUGCACGACCGUCCAAUGUUUAAUACUGUUAAUACUUCAUCUCUUCAUUUCAUACUUUUUCUUUCACUUUUAAACAUUGUCAUAUCUGCAGAUUAAUUGAUAUGUAAUGUUGAGGGUUACAAAAUAUGUAUUAUCUUACUAAAUGUAAAUAUUUGAAGUCCCUGAAACAAACCUGUGCCAUAGUUUGGAGCCCCCUACUGCAGUAAGUAAGAUUGACGCAUUUGUACAGUAUAACUUUUUAUUACCUAUAUAUAUAUAUAUAUAUAUAUAUAUAUAUGUCAUUUAAGCUUUUACAUAGGUAUCAUACUAACCUUCUUUGGCAAACUAAUUACUUAUAUUGCACGCUUGAACAGAGAUGGACAGCUCCAGUCCUUGAAGGGCGCACAGCCUGCUGGUUUUUGUUCUGCUUUCACCCUUAACUGUCAUUAUUUAGACAGAGAAUCGGGUCAUGCUGUGUGUAUUCAGCCGGUAAUUCUCCGCCCUCAACCGGCUGGAACCGCUCCGGAAAGUGACCCGUUCGCAUAUCCACGAGCAGCACACGGCUCUGUGAUAAUUGGGUGAGUGUUCCAGACGGCCAGCAGAGGGCGCCCGUGUUCGCUCAUCCCAUCCCUCCCGCUUCUAUCAACGUGUGCCACAGUGCCGCCACACGACCGGCUUAAUAGCGCGCUUCAUUUUCAGGAUCCCUAGCUCGUGUAGUCGUUUUACUUUGCAGUGUCAGUGAAGAGAGCUGUGUUUGUGGCUUGCGGCAGCCCGAUAACGCAGAUGAGCGCUUGUCACCAGAGGGGCGGGAGUGGCCUGCCAAGUCGACAGCGGUGCCAGCGAGUCCCUUUGACCCCGUGCGUCCAGGAGCGUGCCCUGACUCGCCCGUGUUAAGGCUGCGCGUGAUGCCUUAGAGUUCACGGUCCCGCCGUGCGCGUUGCUCGCCACCACCGUGCGCGUACGUGUGAUUAUCUUCCGGUGACCGCGGGGGGGACUCGCAGUCAGCGCUGACGCGGAAGCGUCUUUACCCGCGACUGUCCAAUACCGGGGGCCCGCUUGCCCGUUUCGCGUCCCUCGGCUUGCUCUGGGUUGUGCUACGUUUUCCCGCUAGCUCGCGCUCGUGGGUGAAAACAUAAAGCCUUUCUCACCUCUGUUUCUUACUACCUCCAUUUUUCUCAUGAAUGGAAGAGAUAAAAACAGGAAAUCUGGCGUUCGAUGCCUUUCCGCGCUCAUUAUAAAAGCUCUCCUCGAGUCCAGACCAGAAACAGCGCUGAAGUCACGCUGCUCAGACAAGAGGCUCUUGUCGGCUGGUGUAACGAGUGUCUGGGAUGUUGUGACGGAUGCGUUUAAGGGCUGGAAGUUGCUGUUGACCUGCCCGUCGAGCCGUGCACAGAGGCGCGGGUUAGAGCCCAGCGCGUAACUCUCGUUUGUGGCGAUCGGUGUUCACUGGACCAGCGGUCGCAACUGCAGCCGACAAACCCUCGCUCCACUCGUCAAGAUAUUCUUUCUAGAUGACAACCAGCAUCACUUCAAUUAGUGCAGGAGCGGGGGUGAGGUGCUGUAUUUGUGUUCAAACCAUAGCACCUGUCUUUCUUUCCAGAUAGGAGGGUAAGAGGGUAUGUCCAGAUCCACUGGCAGGGAAUUCAUAUAGAGGGUUACUAGGUUGCAUUGUAUCAUAUACACUUCUGUCUAUUAUUCUUUUUGUAUCUGUGUGUGUACAUAUACAGUAACUAUAAAUGUGUUCACGUAUAUGAAUGUAUGAGCAAAGUGUCUGUAAUUGUCUGCUAUUAGUGUGUUAGCUUUUCUAUACUAAUAUAUGCUCCAUAGCCUCACAACAUUCACUGAAGGCACAAAAGGUUCCAUGUCACAGCAUCUGUUCUCUCCCAUCUGAUUUUCCAUAGCAUGUACGUAUUCUAUACGCCUUUAAAUAUCCAAAUGCAAAUAAACAGUGACUUUUCUUUAUUGGCUGUAGUAAGGAAAGUUCCGUUCUUGUAGAGCGAUGGCUGGGAUUUUCAAUAGUGUGUUUUGCUGGUUGAACCCACUAGUGUCAGCAGGAUAUUUUUUGGACCCGGGCUUGUGGGUCGAUAGCAGCCUUCCUCCAUGGUGACCCGGCCACCAGCCCCUCCCUGCAGUGCUCUCACUCUCAUCCAGCCGCCACCUGCUAACCAGUGCCAUUUCCACGGUCAUGCCAACCGCACAAACGAAGGCUUCUCUAAUUGUAUUUUUUUAAAUGGGUGAGGAAACACAUAUCUAAACAUUCCUGAAUUGUAAUCUGGAGACCUAGGCUAUAUACAACCUAACCUACUGUAGUUAAAAAUAUAUACAAAAAAAAAACGUUUUGCCAUGUGAUCACUCCUACAAACAUACAGGCUGUAGUACUGGUAAAUUCAGUCCCUUUGCUGACAGAGUGCCCACAGAACAGUUGAUGUUCUUCUAGUUCAGUGACCAUAUUUGUUCACCCUCCUGCAAUUACAGAGCCUCUCUCUAACAGAUGGAAAGUCAUGGCAGUUUGGCAGUUUAAGCAUGUAGUAUUUUUUGACUUGUAUUUGUUUUAAACCAGGGUGUGUUCAUUUGUGCUGAUGGCAUUUUACUGCUCAAAAACAGGUUUAAGUAUAUCAAGGGACUGUGGGAGGUGCUCCCUUUGAUUUGAGACCCCCUUAAUUACAGUUUUUAUUUUUAAAAAAGUUUAAUACAAAUAAGUUGAAAUAGGUACCUUUAGUUCUGGGGUGUUUUGGUGGCUUAAAUUACACAAAAUUUUGAAGUGAUGACUAGUGUCAGCCUGUGUGUUUGUUUGAGUGACAGUGAGGCACAGUCAAACAGACGUGUUUGUCAGAAGUUAUUUUCACACUUGUAUUGUAUGCUAUAUGUCUGAGCAUUGACCGCGUGACCAAAUGUCCCUAUACGUAUUGCUUUGCUAUGAAAUACUUACUGCGUUGUUGUUCCUGGUGUUCGUUACCACUUCCUCUGUGGAAUUUGUCUUUUAACUUUUCCAGUCUGAGGAGUGUGAAUUUGUUUUUUCUUUGUUUUCCUACACUGCCUGUGGUGAAGGACAGGUGCGAUACAGGAGCUUUGACUGUAUUUACUGGCACUGACCUGGCUAGAAAGCCUCAUUGGGUGGGUAAACAGUGAGGCAGAGAAACACUGCCCUCUGCUGUAGAAUGAUUGUAAGUUUAUUUUUUUGUCAGACUGUGCUGAUGGUUUGCUGUGGGGGCCUGUGAAUCAUUUCAGGCUUGUUUAUUUUUAUAUAUUUAUUCAGACAGUUUCUAUGUUACACGUCUAAUGCAUUGUAGCAAUGACUGAACUACUUUAAGCCAGGUGGACACCAUGCGAUUUUUAUAUGAUUGUCACAUGCCUAACCCAUUUUCAAGAUCGUUUUGUCACUAUAGGUGAAUUCCAGCUUGUAAACACAGCACGAGAGAGACAUAGUAUUGACUUCCUGUGUGUUCUCCUGACCUAUGCGUCAUCCUGACCAAAUUCUGAAAUGGAAGCAGCUUGUAGAAAAAUGUUAUGCCUCUAGAGGUUGUACAUAACCGUUGGACCUUUUUCCUAUGGAGCAUUCAAAUAAUAUAUUCAAAUGAACAGCCUUAUAAAAAUAUUGCUGUACAAGCUUCUUUUGAGUCACUUGACUUGUGUAUUUUCUUGCUUUAGACCACAAACCCCCUCUAUAUUGGCCAUUGUAAAGCUGGCCAGAGAUCAACAUCUAAGAUAAAUUUCAUUGCCCUGAAAAAAUUAACCACGUCACCAUUUAAUUUUUAGCGUAUGUAAUGUAAUGUGUUUUAGUGUAUGUGUUCGAGUGUAUCAUUAAUUUUUUUGUGCAUAUGCUGGGUUUUAGUGUAUGUCAAGAUAGCCAUCAUUGCAGUGGAAAAAAAACAUGUCAUUUAAUAAUUAAAAAUGUAAAAAAACACAUGGAAAGUGAACUGUCCCCUUUAACAAGCUAUGGUUUUCAACAUCCUUUCACAAAUCACAUUCUAGUAGCUAGAACGUUGGAAGUCAUCUUAUGUGUGGGCCUUUUCUGGAUUUUUCUCUUUGUCUGUGCAAAAUAAUUCGCAAUGAAAGAUUAUCGGGUGAUAAUCAUAGGGCGGCUAUCGCACAGUAUGUACACGGUCGCACAGUCUAAAAAUGAAACCAACCAGUCCAUAGUACGAAUUUAAUAUGAUUUUGGUUAGCUAAAUCAUAUCAGUUAUCUGACUUUUGUAUGUUUGAACUCGCACAGUGUCCACCUAGCAUAUUAUAGAAAGGCAGAACUGUGAACCUCACAGAACUUCCAAAGACAAACUGAGGAAUUUCAUUGAAAAGUAUUAAACAGUGAAUUGUUGUGGCCUGGUUUGUUACUUGUUUAAGAUGUUUUCAGUUUUCAGUCACGUAUGAAUGUGCCUGAGUAUAUGCAUCUAGCAUCAUUUGAAAUAAAAGAUGUUUUAUUACUUUGCUUGGUCUAUAGCUAGAAUGUGUACAAAAUAAUACGACAGUUAUAAACAUUCCUGGGUUAUCAAAAUAUUAGCCUUCCUACUCUUGUUGUAAUAUUAAUGUAAUGUAAUGUAAAAAUAUAUAACGCAUUGUCUGUCCUUACACUGUACUAAUUGUGAUGUAGCUGUUUUUAGUUAUACCCAGCUCACUGCAGUACGUGGAAGGUGGUAUGAUAUCCCCCCUGGCAAUGUGCUGUGAUUUCCAUUGUGUGAAUAUGCUUAUUAUAGACAAUAGACACAAUGACCGCAACAAUAUCUCUUGUAUUGUGGAGUCCUCUGUGCUGUGGACUGGCCACAGUGCUUUCCUGCUCCCUGGUUUUCCAGAUUAUUCAUUUUGCUAAAGUGCUCUUCCUCUUCCUCUCUACACACUCACGCACAUGCACACACACAUACACACACACACACACACACACACACAUUUUCACCUCAGAUUUACCUAGGGGACUGUCACAUCACAGAUACCGUAUGUCUCACUCACAUGUAUAUGAAUGCACAAGCGAUUUUCAUCAGUUACAGUGUUGGUCUGAAGUAGAGGCCAUCCCAGCUCAGGCCCAUGUUGCCCCAUGCGAUUCCACUGCUGGUUCAACACAAAGGCUUUUUAAAAUAUGAACGCGAAGACUUUAUUUCUUAUAGUACGGCGAGCCUGCUGCCUUGACCAAUCACACUUCUCUGUCUUUACGGCACUACUGACGGAGGCUGAGGGAAGGCACUGUGGCCACAGCCUCCAGCCCAUCGCUCUCCCCUGCUGUGGUUUUGUGGCAGAGGCCCCAGUUAGAAUGCUGUGUAUUGAAUGCCAUUUUCCGAGACCUGGUUUGUACGUGUUUGCUUUGAUUCGCAUUACACGGCUACAUGUUUAUUUCUGUGUUGUUGUUGACACAGCAUGUCAAGGUGUUCUCCUGACACCCUGCCCUGAAGCCUUACACUGAAGAUUAAUUGUAUUUUUAAUUUGUGUGUUCACUUUACAAAAAGGGGGGGAGGGGAAGCUCUCUGCCUUUGCUGAUAAAGACACUGAUGUUUAUUGAAGUGCACUUGAUUUGGAAUUUCAGUGUUUAUUUUUCUUACCAGGAGUCCUUUUUCUUAUGUUAAACAAUAAAUGGUGGAAACAAA